AGUAAGAGCUGCGAGGGAAGGAUAGGUGGCGCGCGUGUAGUAGGAAGUGGAGUGGAGGCCGCUGUUCUGGAGGGGUAUCGGCUGCGGAGAGGGCGCAGAGCGGCUGGAGGAUAAAGAUGUUCUGGUUCCACAGCUGGACACUGCAGUUAGGAAAACGUUCUUCAACUCUACUCCAAAGACUAUUCUGUGAAGUUGCUAGCAAUUUACCAGUGUUAACAUUAUUUACCAAGAAACCGUGUCCCUUAUGUGAUGAAGCUAAAGCAAUGCUAGAGCCCUAUAAACAUAAGUUUGUUUUUCAGGAAGUGGACAUCACUCUUCCAGAUCACUUAAUUUGGUAUGAAAGAUACAAAAAUGACAUACCAGUCUUUCAUUUGAAUGGACAAUUUCUGAUGAAGCAUCAUGUGGAUUUAGAAAAACUAGAGAAUCAGUUAUUGAACAUAGAGUUGCAAGAUGGCGACAAGAGGUGAAGGAAACGAGUGGGUUUCAAGUAGUACAUAAAUAAUUGUGUCGCUUCCUCAACAAGUAAGAUGCUAGAAUUGUAAGAAGUUAAUGAAGAUACAAGUUUUCAUGUAUAACUUCAUUUUGUGAUGGUGAAGUUCAUCAGGCUUCAUAGCAAGAUCCAUCCUAUUAUGUGUGUUAAUCUCUGGCUUCUAAAUCGUUUGGUGUUGUAAUGAAGGGUGUGGGAGUGCGGGGCAGAAAUAACAGAUAAAUAUUUGCCUUUGUUGUUCUCACUGA